UGAAAACGAUUAUAUUUAAGUGAGAGAAAAAAAAAACAACAAUAAAUUAAAUUCCAUUAACCUGAAUGUGUUAUAAAAAAAACGGGGGGAAAAGGAAUUGGAGAAAAACGAGGAUGAUGGAGAGAUCGGCGUAAGAAAGUUGUUUCGGUCGCCGAUAAAAUCCAAACCCCGUUGCUCGAUAAUUCUUCGUUUCAAACCCCCAAUUAAAAAACCCUUUUGUUUUUUUGUUUUUUUUUUCUUUUCCUAAAAAUUUCUGACGAUUGAUUUCCCAUUUCGUUCAGUUUUGUUGAGAGACGGAGAAGAAGAAAAGAAGUGGUGGGUUUGGGGAAAUGUUGUGCAGAAUUGCUUUGAUGUCGAAGAAGAAGAAGAGUGGAACAGUGCCGGUUUAUUUGAAUGUGUAUGAUUUAACGCCCAUCAAUGGCUACGCGUAUUGGCUGGGUCUUGGGGUUUACCAUUCCGGUGUGCAAGUUCAUGGAGUUGAAUAUGCAUUUGGAGCACAUGAACAUGCAACUUCAGGUAUAUUUGAGGUAGAACCAAGACAAUGUCCUGGUUUUACAUUUAGGAAAUCAAUUUGCAUUGGAAGAACGAAUCUUGGUCCGAAAGAAGUUCGCUCGUUUAUGGAGAAACUUGCUGAAGAGUACUCCGGGAACACUUAUCAUCUUAUAACAAGGAAUUGCAACCACUUUUGCAAUGAUGUAUGUAUAAGGUUGGCAGGGAAACCGAUCCCUAGCUGGGUCAACCGACUUGCUCGACUUGGUCUUUUCUGCAACUGCGUUCUUCCAGCGAGUUUGAACGAAGCAAAGGUUCGACAAGUAAGAUCAGGAGAUAAGCUUAAUGAAGGUGUAAAGAAGAAAUUGAGAAGCCAGCCAAAUAGGUGUAAUAAUAAAUCUUCUUCUAACCCUUCACCGCCACCCUUGCCUUCCAAUCCUCCAACUUCAUCAACCAUCAAAGUAACUAGACCAACUAGACAAAAACGAUGUAUCCCAUCAGCAUCGUCGGCGAUUCAUUCUUCAGCAUCUACAACCCUGACUGCGUAAAGCUGUAAAAGUAAUUGGUUUCCUGUUGUUUAUAGGGUAUUUAAGAGUUUAAUUAACAACAGAAGAAGAAGACAGGCAAAAUAGCAUAAUUUUCCAUUUUGCCUUUCUACUAAUCCCAAAGAAAGAAAAGAAAAGAAAAGAAAAGAAAAUUGGUGUUGGAGCAAAUUUUGUGUUGAAUUGAAGUGUGUUAUGUGUUGUGCUGCUGAAUGAAUUAUAUUACCGACUAUGAUAUUGAUUCUGAUAUUUAUCGAUUGAAAA